UCGCAUUCAGCGUCUGCAUUCCAUGAAAAGGACGUGUUAACUUCAUGGAAGUUGCAUGAAUAGCAAAAUAUGAGUCACAUGUUUUAAUCUUGGGAAUCGCCGAGGACAUUGACUUUAACUACGAGGGCAUACAAAAACAUGGAGAAAUCGAUCGUUCAAGGCGUUCCACAGCUUAGUAAUGAGAUGCAGCUGAGCAUCAUGAAUAAAGUGAAGAGUGGAGAACUGAGCAUUGAUGACGCAAUCGAUCAGGCCAGAAAAAACAACCUGGAGUUGUUUCAACAGAAGGAAAAACAAGCCACACAGUAUAACUUCAGUGUCCACAAAUUCAACCGGUAUCGCUGGCAGAAACGUGUACUUCAAGUUGAUUUUAAUACAAAGAUGGUUUGCAGCAUAGAGAAAGGUAUCAUAAAACGACAGCUGCCAUUUGCCUGUGUGAAAAACUGCCAUGAUGGAACAGGCACCAAGUUUUCCAUUUCGUUCAAGGGUCGCCAUGACUACGAACUAGAAGCCACAUCUAUGCAGGAAAAGCAAAAGAUGCUGCAGUUAGUGAGUCAAAUAAUCCACAGCAACAUCUACAGCCAGUCAGCGGACCGUCUAGAAGAUGUGUACCAAAUGCCCCCAGACCCAAAGAGCCUCCGCCAAGGCCAACUCCUCCUACAGAAGGGUGGCAUGGCCUCUUUUAAAUGGAAGAGGUAUGAGGCUCACCUUCAUGCUGGUCAGCUGACUCUCUUGUCAACAAAUGACGGUGAUGCGGUCUCCAGCUCCACUCUGCCCAUCGUCAUCCAUUUCUCGGAUGGAAAGGCUAGAGUAGAGACGUCACACUCCUUCGACACGUUUACACUUCACACACAUUGUAGUGCAUACCAGUUCAGGGUACCUAUGACAGAUGUAAUGAAGACUGCUGACAUACAAACAGAGAGGGACUCAUGGGUUCAGGCUAUUGGAAAACUGUGUAUGAACUGGAAAUGCUGCUCCCAGUCUGAGCCAAUGUAUGCAGACCUUAAAAAGCUGAGGGCAUCCAGGACAGUCACAGGCCUCCUGCAGCAUUCUGAAGAUGGGGCUUUCUCUGGCACUCUGCUACCGUCAACAGAGGAAGUAUCUGAUGGUGAGGAGUCCACAGCCCUUAGCAGUGUCAGGGCUUUUCCACUUCCACCAACACCAGCACUGGCAAAGCCCUGCAGCCCAGUGUGCUUGCCCACCAUGCCUUCAGCAUCACCCUUGUACUCAGACCUGCACCCUGUGGCACCAUCUCCUCCGGUGCCAGCCCCACCUCCACUACCCAGAAAGAAGCCCCUGCCAGAGGAUCGCACCAAAGCCUUCCACUGGGAUUUGCUGCCCCAGGACAAGAUUGACAAAUCCUUCUGGACACAUGGCGUCAGUGGAAAGGCUAAGAUUGACACCUUUCUGUUGUUUGAGCAGUUCAAAGUCAAAGUCUCAGAAAACGUUGCUGACAGUGUGGAUUCGAGCCAUCACAUAGAAAUCAUGUUGAACCAGAAGAUUGCACACAACUUCACACAGGCCCUCAGCGGACUCCAACUUGCAACCCCAAACAUGGCAACCCCAAGCAAGGUGGCUAAACCCCAGGCACGCCCAGGUCUACGUGUUGGUCAGAGUGAGGCUUACUCACUCACAGCUCCGAACCUUUACACUACGUACUACGACUACGACUACCAUUAUACAAACAUUUUCCUCAAAAGUUUCCCAGUGCAGCCAAAGGAGCUGCGCGAAAAGCUGUGUAUCAUUCAUGAGAAGGACGGCGGCCUAUCUGAUGAGCAGAUCGCCUCUCUCAGGAGAUAUGUGCCGACUGUGGAAGAUGUGGAGAUGUAUAAAUCCUACAAAGGAGUAGCCUCAGACCUGCACAUAGUGGAUCAGUACAUGCUAGAGAUGUGCAACAUCUCGUUUCUGAGCUCUCGCCUAGACCUGCUACUCACACUCAGAGAGCUGCCCAUUACCAUGGAGGACCUGGAACCGUUGAUUAACCAGAAGAUCCGUAUGUGCCAGCAGCUGAUUGGCUCUCAGACAUUUGUGUGUGUGCUAGAGUACCUGCUGGCUGUUGGUAAUUACCUGAAUGAACAUGCAGGCAAAGACAAGGCUAAAGGAUUUCGGCUCUCUUCCCUUAUUAAACUCUCUCAGUUGCGUGGGGUGGAGCGGCACGUCACCUUGCUGCAUGCCCUUGCGGAGCAGAUCGUGUUGCAUGAGCCAGGCUUGGCCACCUUCCCCUCCGAGCUUGCAGAAUUUGACACUGUCCCGGGGGCUUCCAUCAAAGGCCUGACAGCAGAGAUAGACGUUGUGAAGAAUGAGCUUCAGAAGGCUCUCCAGUAUAAGAAGAGCUACACCAAGAAGAACCCCAUUCCCCAGCAUCCCAAAUUCUCCAAAGACCUAAAGGCAGCCAUUGAGAAGUACAACAUGGAUCUGCAGCAGCUGACAAAGAAAAGCGAGGAGAUGAGGAAGAUCUACUCUGACAUCUUGGUAAAGUUUGGGGAGGCAGCUGACCAGGACUCCCAGGAGCUGUUUGGCUGGGUGUGCCAGUUCAUCACUGAAUUCAAGAAAGCCCAUGCAGAGCUCUCAAAAUGAUGACAAUGCAGUGUGCCACACUAUACACUGCAUGAGGAGUGUGUGUGUGUGUGUGUGUGUGUGUGUGUGUGUGUGUGUGUGUGUGUUUGUUUGUGUGUGUGUGUGUGUGUGUGUGAGAGAGAGAGAGAGAGAUUUUUCAUUUAACUCAUGCGUGUUCCCUUUGACUGUCUGUUUUCUCUUUUUGGUUUUAAUCAUUAUUUAUAUUUCAUGAUAUGGCAAUAUUGUACUUAAGAGUCCUGCCAUUAAAGCUUAUUAAAACAAAAGGUGAUCAAGAGUGUGCGACAGAGACA